AAUUUAAAUCUCGCUGGGCCAAAAUGUGAACACCAGGCCAGGCUCCCAAUUCCUCUCUGCCUGAGGGCUGGACUCAACACUGUUCAUGAAGCAGAAAUUCUGCCAAGAACCCAACCCUCCCAGCAGCUCGGCACUGCAGGUGCAACGUAAGCUGCUGCUCAAGAUGCAAACUUGCUCCUUGCCUAUGCUGAAGGCCUUGGCCAGUGCAAUAACAUUUGCGAUCAUUCUCUGGAACCUGAAUUUCCUUGGCUACCAAUCUGAGGUCCCUGGCCCAGCCCUGGGGCACAGCAAACCCCUGACAGUCCUGAUCUGGCACUGGCCCUUCCGCCACACCCCGAACAUCAGCUCUGAUGUUUGCGCAGACCACUACGGGAUCAAGGGCUGCCAGCUGACAGGGGACCACAGGCUCUUCAGCCAGGCAGAUGUUGUGGUGUUCCAUCAUUGGGAGCUGCAGAAGGACAAGAAAAGACUCCCAACAGAAAGGAGGCCUCCUGGACAAAACUGGGUGUGGGUUACCCUGGAGUCCCCCACCAACACUAAGGCACUGACUGGAUGGAACCGAACCUUCAACUGGGUCAUGACAUACAGACAAGACUCAGACAUCUUCAUGCCCUAUGGGGAGCUUGUGCGCCAUCCAUCAGCCAGCGUGGACAUUCCAACCAAAACCGGCUUGGUGUCCUGGGUCAUCAGUAACUACCACCGGACUCAGAAGAGGGCGCAGGUCUACAGAGAGCUGUCCAGGCACCUCCAAGUGAACGUGUACGGGAAAGCAAACAAGCAGCCACUGUGCCCAGACUGCCUCUUGCCGACCACCUCCAAAUACAAGUUCUACCUGGCCUUCGAGAACUCCAUCCACCGGGACUACAUCACCGAGAAGCUGUGGAGGAACGCGCUGCUGGCCGGCACCGUGCCGGUGGUGCUGGGGCCCCCCCGAGCCAACUACGAGAAGUUCAUCCCUGCAGACUCCUUCAUCCACAUUGAGGACUUCGGCUCCAUGAAGGAGCUGGCCAGCUUCUUGAAGACCAUGAACUCCAGCCGCUACAAGGCCUUCUUCGAGUGGAGGAAGAGGUAUGGGGUGAAGCUCUACACAGACUGGCAAGAACGGUUCUGCACCAUCUGCAUCAGGUACCCCCACCUGGCCCAGGGACAAAUCUACCCUGACCUGGAGAGCUGGUUCAGUGUUUGAGAAGAUGGGGCUGGGCCAAGCUGAGGCUUUUCAGAGAUGUGUGACUUGCACAGAGAAGCCAGGCUGUCUGUGCUAGCGGAAAAGGACGUCUGCGUGGGCUGGCUCAUUCUGAGUCAAGUGGCUGGUGGAGUGACUGAGGGCAUCGAGCAGGACCUGGGGCUGAGAGCCAGGAGCUCCGAGUCCUGGUCCCAGCUCUGACACAGACUUGCUGAGACCUGGGGCGUGUCGCUGGUACUCAGCUUCCCCGUCUAUAAAAGGCUCGUACACUUACCUACCUCACAGGGGUGUUGUGAGGACUAACCGGUGCCUUGGAAAUGGCUGGUUGCUCCCCUUGGCCCCCUCAGGAAUAAAUGGGGCAGAGGAGCGAGGUCGGGGGGAGGGGUAAAUGUGACCCCCUGCUCUGCAUUACUGUAUUUCAGUGCUAGGGUGGGGCAGAGGGGGGCACCAGCAAGGAUAGUGAGAUCAGUGAAUUCUCCCUGGGGUUCAAAACCCUUUCAGAUGCCAGCCAGACCUCGAGCUGCAGAAGGAAGGCCGGUCUCUUCCUUGCACUCUCCUCUCUGGGAGGUGCUCAGAUGCCCCCCCAGUGACAGGUGCCCAUGUAAGAAACUGAAGCGAUAGAAGAAGGAGGGGCUCCAAUUUGUCUGUCCCUGCUGUGGGGUCCGUUUCCUCCCAGCGCCGGAGCCCCUGCCAUUCUGGCAGUGGCAAGAGCGAGAGCGCCAGUCCCAAAGAGAUUUCCUGUCUUGCUUCUGCUUAGUCAGUCCCGGUGCACGGCUUGGGGGGCACCGGCUGGGCUGGUGUGGUGGGUGCUGGCAAGGCACAACCCUUUCUCAAGAACAAUCACAGCCCGUUCAGUGCUGGGACAAGUCAUAGGGGGAUGGCUGUGGUUUCUCACUCCUGUCUCGUAUUCUUCAUAUCUCUGGCAGGAAGCCGUUGAGUCUGGUUUCGCUCUGAUGUGAGGUUCCCUGCAGCAGGUAUGGCCUUCCCGAGCCCUGAAUGCACCCGUGGGAGGAGUCACUUUACAGGAGGAGUCCUUGUGGCAUCUUAGAGACUUCGUGAUGAAGUGGGUUCUAGCCCACAAAAGCUUAUGCCCAAAUAAAUGUGUUAGUCUCUAAGGUGCCACAAGGACUCCUCGUUGUUUUGGCUGAUACAGACUGACACGGCUACAUCUUUGAAACUUGUCAUGCAAAGGAGCCGCAAGCAGGAGAUGCCCCCAGGCAACGAGUAGCGCCUCCCACCCCCGCGGGAGUCAGUGUUGGUUAGUUUAGUACAAUAGGAAAAUAAGGCUGAGAUUUUCAAAGCCACCUGAUUUGAAUGCUCAGUUCCCGUUAUGUUUCCACAUGCCCCCUGCACAGGAGGGACGGUGCUCAGCAAACGAGCAGCUACUCGUUUUACCCUCAUUCAGCAUGUGGUACUUUCAAUGGAAUAAAAGAGCCCAGAGAGGCAAAGGUGUCAACCAGACCCUGUCACUGCACAACACUAGACCGUUAAACACAGUUUGGGUUUGAGUACAUGGACGCAUGGCAACAGACACCACUAAAAGCACCUUCUCUGAAAGAUACAGAAAAAGGAAAAACCAGUUACAGCCUUGGAAAUGUGAAGUGUUCAGUAAGGUUUUCACUGUAAGAGUAGCCAGAAGGUUCUCAAACUUUUUUCUUGCUGUGACCCCCUUUGAAAAUAUUUCAGGCUGUGACAACCCUCCACCCCAAAAAGUGAUGCGCCCCUCACCAUACCAUGCCACCCUUAUUUCUGCACUGCUGCUGGCAGCGACGCUGCCUUCAGAGCUGGGUGUGCAGCCAGCCGCUGCCACUCUCACGACCCCGCUACAACAGUCUUGCAACCCCCUUUGGGGUCAGGACCCCCACUUUGAGAAACGCUGCCUGUAGAGCGUUUUCCUCAGGAAACUCCCUCCCUCAGCUGACAGUUUUGCAGACUGGAUUAAAGAUGGUAAUUUACGCUCCUCUUUGGGGGAAAAAGUUAGUGGCGAUAGGCCGGCGCUGCUGGUGGUAAAGUUUGAUCCUGCCGCCUUUAAGGGAAAACAAAACAAACACACACAGCAAAGGGAUAGGGCAGAAAAGAACGGCAAAGACAGAAAAUGCAGCUUCUCUGGUGCCAACUCUCACUUGCAAACUCACUGCUGGAGAAACACAGGCCCAGCACUGUCUUUUCCGCCAGCCCGCUGGUCCCAGUGGCAGGCUGUUUAGGGCAUGGCUUUCAGCUGCCUCUCAGGUCACCGGCUCAAGAGAGAGCCUCAGCCCAGCCAAGCAGCAGGCGACAAGGAGAGCACUAGGAAAGAGAGGUAAUAAGGUGGGGAAGGAAAGGGACGGGCUGCUAACGGGAACCCAAGUCUUAACUUUCAGGUGGCAUUUGUCAGGACCACCCUGGGGCUGGCUGAGGCGGACACAGGCUGGGGCAGUCCAAUAUGGAUUAGGAGCCUAUAUACCUGCCUUCGGUCACCUGGUUAGGCCCUCGCUUGUGGAUUGGCUGGGACCUGGUUGAUUGGCAUGAGUCUCUCAUAGGACUUGCAGGUAACAGAUGAUUCACCAGCGCUGGCUCAGGGAUGACUCAUCACAGCGUUCAGGGUAUAGCCAGAGCCA